GUUAUUUUGGCUUAUCCAUUUUUGGUAACAUACCCACGAUCUUAUAUAGGGCGCGCUUUCGAAUUUUCCCGCGUGUUCACAUAUAAAUGGACUGUAAAUUGGAAAUUUUUUGAUGAAGAGACAUUUUUAGAUACAGGAUUCGCCAAUGUUCUCCUGAUUGGACAUGGUUUCGUUUUGGUGACCUUCCUAUUUAGAAGAUGGUGUCGUAAAGAUGGCGGUGUUCUUCCUUUGCUAUUUCGCGGUUUUUUUUGGAAGCGCGAAGACAUUUUUCGACAAUCAAAGGCUGUUACGGCCGAUC